AUGCCCGACGCAUCUUCAACCCCCUCGUCGCUAUCUGCUGCGGCUCACGAGGACUUCGUUACCUUCCUCUCAGCCCGCCAUAAAGAAAUUCGCCAGCAUGGAACUAUGACGAUUUGCAUUCCUAGUGACGGUGAGAUCAGCGUUUUGCCGACCUUUCGAUGUUUCGAAGCCAGUCUUCGCAACCUCUACGACAAGUAUCAGGUCGAUCCAACGAUUGCAAGACGGCUUCCGAUGUACUUUAGGACCUUGGACGAGAUUCUGACAUCUAUCGCUGCUGUCGACACGAAAUGGAGUCUCAAGAGCCGUCAUAAUCUACCACUAAUGCAUACCUCGUGGUCACCCGAGGUAAUUGAGGCAAGUUCUGAAGAAGCCAGAAUGGCUGGUCGGAAGAGAUACACAGAUGCUGUGGCCGGCUUUGCAUUUGCAGCAUGUUCUCAAGUCUUCAUUGACGGUCUGAAGCCUCAAGUCUACCAAGGCGAAAGCUCUGAUGAAGUGAUCCGUUUGAAGGAGAGAUUUAUGACAGACUUGACAUUUGCAUUCAAGGAAGAGUUUCUAUGUACUCACUGCACGGAUAAAGUUGGGUUCACAUAUACGCUGCUACAGUUGGAAAGAUUAAAUAUUCAGAUGGUGAAGAGUCUUGGGCAUUAUCGGGCAUCAUACGGCAUGAUCUGCAUGACUCGCUCUUCCCUCCACUUUUGCUUUCGAGUCAAACAACCCCCGCUUCACCGAAACAUUCCCAUCAUGGCCGAACUUGCGACAGAAUUAGACAGACCAGACCUAGUCGACGACAACGGGCAGUAUAGUGCUCUUGUCAAGCCCUUAUCGCCCACGGUUGAGGUGGUCAAUGGGCACACCACUGAGAUGAGGAUUUUGAGCAAGAAGCUAAAGAAGAAAAAGAAGAAGAGUGGUAAAGAAGAGAAACUACUGAGCGAACCUCAGCCAAUCCAAUUUCCUUCUGUUAAUGGCCAAGAAACGAUUUCUGGAGAAGAAUCCUUAGCUGUUGAGCCAGUCAUAGCGGUAGAGGAUCAAGAACCGCUGUUCGCUGUUCCUGAGAACAUCCUAGAAGCCGCACUGCCCGAAGAAGAUCCAGUUCCAGAGGCCGAAAGCGGUCAUGAGUUAUUAACUGAGACUCCACUUCCAGGGCACAUCAAUGGUGCCACGGAGAUUGAUAUACCGCCACCAGCCCCUGAGCCACAGGAGCUCAUAUAUCUACCAUUCAGCGCCCAGCAUAAACUCAUGGUGCAUCUGCAGGAGCGCCUCGAGACCAUGUGCUUUUCUUUCGCACAGCGCGUCAUGCCGCAUGCUCUCGAAGGUCGCGGCUGGGAUUGUCCGGAAAUGGUUCAGCUGCAUCACUGGAUGAAAGACUCUAUUUUUCAGCGCUACGCGGAGCAAAGGGUUCCGGACGAGGAACAGCGCGAUCAAUUGCUCAAUUCUGUUAUCGAAAUUCGGCGUUGCGCUGUUGAUCGCAAGCGAAUCGAUACGACUACGUUAGAGGCUCUCCUCUCCUCCGCUUUGGAACUAGCCAAUGUUCUCGCGGAGCAAACUUCAGUCAAUGAGCUUGAGCAAUUACGAGACAAUGUCAUUCAAACAAGUCAACGGCUUGCAGAUGAAAACCAGAUACUGCAAGCCAGAUACGAGACGAAGUUGCAGGAGAUCACUGCUGGUCGGGCGAGCAAGUACCAACUGCCGGUUGUAGCGUGA